AUGAUCUCGCUCUCAAGCAAAGCAACCACCAGCAACACCAUUGCCAGUCAUAAUUCUUAUCUGACCAACCACAGCUAUACUCAUUUAAAACAUACCGUAAGCAAGUUGCAAACCAUUUUGGCGCCGUACCGGGUGUUGAAGGAGAUGUUACGACGUGGUGAAGCGGUUCAGCCUCCCCAUACUUGUUUGUAUUAUUUUCGAUCUUAUAUACGUUUACUUGGACUUUGGCCGGCGAAGCGCGAUGCAGAGAAUCAACUGUACUAUUUCUAUAAUCUACUGAUUAUGGUGCUUUUUAGCUUCUUUAUGCUUUAUUUGAUAUUUUUCAAAAUGAUACUCUUCCGAAUGGGAAACGUUGACACCGAUAUUAUAAUUAAUGAAUUCGAUGCCCUUCAUAUUAAACAUGGUAGGGGAUUAAGUGAGAGUCCUCGAAACCGACGCAUCCUUCAGUGGCGAAGAAGCUUCUUUUUCGGUGAAAUAUGUUUCUUCUCUGGUUUUUACAUCCUCAGCCUAUUGCUUUUUGCAGCUAUGAGCCUACAACCGCUACUCUCACAACAAACACUUCCAUUUCGAUGUAAAUUCCCUUUUGGAUUAAAUGAUCCGGAUGAACAUCCAAUAGCUUUUGUCUGCGUUUACUUUUUUCAAUGUUUUUGUACACUAUACAUGUUAGUGGCCAUUGUAGUGAUGGAUUCGCUAGGUGGCAACUCCUUUAACCAGACAACAUUGAAUUUACGCAUAUUGUGCGAAAAUAUUCGACAUUUGGGAAUCGUCGCUGCUGGUGCUAGCAGCUCAACUUCCGAAGCGGUUGCGUGGAGGGAGUUACGAGAGGCGGUUUUAUUCCAUCAAAAAAUUAUUGGUUUAAUGAAUCGUAUCAAUCAGACGUUUUAUUGGAACUAUGUUUCGCAAAUGGGUGCCAGCACUUUCAUGAUAUGCCUCACGGCCUUUGAAGCUCUUUUGGCGCAGGAUAAGCCAAUGGUCGCCAUGAAAUUUCAGACAUACAUGUUCUCCGCCUUUAUGCAGCUAUUAUACUGGUGCUGGAUGGGUAAUAGGACUUAUUACGAUUCCAUGGAAGUAGCUACUGUGGCCUAUGAGAUACGUGCAUGGUAUGAGCAUUCCCCUCUUCUGCAGCGACAAUUAAUGUUCAUUAUUAAACGUGCUCAGAAGCCUUUGGAGUUUCGUGCAAAGCCACUUUUUGGUUUCACAUUCGCGUCAUUUACUAGCAUCUUGAGUACAUCAUAUUCUUACUUUGCUUUGCUGCGCACUAUGAGUGAUUAA